AUGGACUACAGCUCUGAAGAAGACUCAGAUAUCAGUGAAUCUGAGAUUGAUGACUACUCAGAGAAACCAUAUGAACAGUUAAAGGCUGGGAAAUACAAGGUUAAAAAUUUGAAUGGAACUCUUAGAUGUCCCUACUGUGCUGGGAAGAAAAAACAAGAUUACAAAUAUAAGGAUUUAUUGCAACAUGCAUCAGGAGUUGGUAAGGGUUCUGCCAACAGAAGUGCAAAACAAAAGGCAAACCACCUUGCUCUAGCAAAGUACUUGGAGACUGACCUAGCUAGUGAAGCAGAUCCAAUCCAGCGACCAGCUUUACCCCAAGCUGUUAAUCAACCUUUACAGCAAGAUGAUCUUUAUGUUUGGCCCUGGACAGGCAUAAUUGUUAACAUAAAGGAUAAAUCGAUCGAUUCUGGAUAUUGGUUGAAGGAAUUUGCCAAAUUCAAACCAAUGGAUUUUCAUAUAUUCUUGAAAGAUGGUGAUCUCAUUGCUCAAGCUGUUAUUGACUUCAAUUGUGACUGGAAUGGUUUCAUGAAUGCAAGUGAAUUUGAGAAGUCAUUUGAAAAUGCACGUCAUGGUAAAAAGGCUUGGAAUUCAAGGAAGUCAGAGGCUGGCUCAAACAUUUAUGGAUGGAUUGCGCGGGAAGAUGAUUAUAAUUGUGGAGGACCAAUAGGGGAAUACCUCCGCAACAAAGGAAGGUUGAGGACAGUUUCAGAUAUUGUUCAAGAAGAAUCUCAAAGCAGAAAUAGUAUUGUGACAAACCUAACUCAUGAAAUUGAGAUUACAAACGAAAACCUUGACAAAAUGCAGUAUAAGUAUAAUGAGAAGACUAUGUCCUUGAGUAGGAUGCUUGAGGAGAAAGAUAAGAUUCACAAUGCUUUUGAUGAAGAAUCAAGGAAUAUGCAGCGAAGAGCUCGUAAUGAGGUACGGAGGAUCUUGGAUGAACAAGAAAAAUUGAGUAGUGAAUUGGAGAAAAAAAGGCGCAAGCUUGACUCCUGGAGUAGAGAUCUAAACAAACGAGAGGUACUAACUGAUCAAGAGAGACAGAAGCUUGAAGAAGAAAGGAAGAAGAAAGAUUUGAGGAAUGAAUCACUCCUGUUGGCUUCAAAGGACAAGGAGAUAGCUGAUCAAAAUGUCUUGAAGCUUGUUGAGGAGCAAAAGAGAGAAAAACAGGAGGCCUAUGACAAGAUAAUUCAGUUGAAAAAACAGUUAGACGCCAAACAGAUGUUGGAAAUGGAAAUUGAAGAGUUAAGAGGGAAAUUGCAAGUUAUGAAGCAUCUUGGAGAUGAAGAUGAUGCAGCUGUGCAGAAUAAGAUAAAAGAAAUGAAUGAUGAACUGCAAGAAAAAGUAGACAAUUUGGAAAAUAUGGAGGCCAUGAAUCAAACCCUCAUUGUGAAGGAGCGUCAGAGUAAUGAUGAACUGCAGGAAGCUCGUAAAGAAUUAAUAAAAGGGUUAGAUGAUAUGCUGAAUGGUCCUAGAACUAAUAUUGGGCUCAAGAGAAUGGGAGAGCUUGAUCAGAAGCAUUUUGUGAAUAUCUGCAAGAAAAGAUUUCCUUCUGGAGAAGCUGAGACCAAGGGUGUUGAGCUUUGCUCUUUGUGGCAGGAGAAUGUGAAGAAUUCAGCUUGGCAUCCAUUUAAAGUGAUCACAGAUGAUGAUAAAGUUGAGAAUAUUAUAGAUGAGGAAGAUGACAAGUUACAAAGCCUCAAGCAGGAAUGGGGAGAUGAGAUACAUUCAGCUGUUGUUGAAGCCUUGAAGGAAAUAAACGAAUACAAUGCAAGCGGUGGGUAUACUGUUGUGGAGCUAUGGAACUUCAAGGAAAAAAGAAAGGCUACUUUGAAAGAAGUUAUCAAUUAUAUCGUGGAUCAUAUCAAGCCACUUAAGCGCAAGAGAGCUUAGGUAAAAAGGUGACAAAUGCAUGAUAUCUCAACUGGAAGAUGGAAAGUAGCACCGUUUUCUUUGGCUUGUAAGAGCCAUUUGAAACAAGCUGCUGGAGAUGAGCGUUGAAUAUGAUAACAUUUCAUCAUUAUUAAUCGACUUGAACUCCUGUAAUCUGACAAAUUUCCUUCAUUACUAACUAUGAAUCAAGUUUCUCAUAGUAUGUCAAUGGAUGCUGAUCGAUCAAUAUAUAUAUAUAUAUAAUUAAUGAA